AUGCAGUACCUGCGUCAAGGUUCUUACGAUCCUUGGCAUGAUUGUUAUCUUCCGCAGCAGAAGGGACUGACGCUGCCGCCAGGCCAGUAUCCCCUGCAAGCGAUACGACAAGUCUUGAACGUUGAAGAAGAUGCUCUCGACGCCUCCAAUGCUAAUGCUUUGAACGAGGGCGCCAACCCAGGCCUCGCCAGCUAUGUCAGAGUCCAACAAGCGGAGUAUAUGCUUACUUCUGUGCAAAUCCUUCGGCUUUGGAAGCUUUUCCUCGAAAGGGUCAACCCUUUGACCAAGCUGAUUCACGUGCCAACAUUGGAGCCCGUCGUGAUAGAGGCCGCCAUGAGCCACCGCAGCAUUCUCCACAACGCCCAGCCUCUGCUUUUUGCUAUCUAUUUGGUGUCCGUUAUCUCAAUGACCUCUGCCGAAGCCUUGGCUAUUUUGGGCAUCAAGAAAUGGGAGGCCGUCGAGAAGUUGACCAAGUGCCUCAAGGCCGCCUUGACCGAAGUCAACUUUCUCACAAACUGCGACACAACAAUCAUGCAAGCUUUGGUAUUAUACCUCAUCUCACUCCAAGGCCGACUGGAUAGCCACGCUGCUUGGAUCAUGAGCGGCGUUGUCAUCAGGCUCGCUCAGAAAAUGGGGCUUUUUCGCGAUGGUGAAAGACUGGGCCUUCCACCUUUCGAAACAGAAAUGCGUCGGCGUCUGUGGUGGCCUCUUGUCAUGCUCGAUCACAAAUACGCUCUGUUCUCGGGAUUGAAUGGCAAGUUCGUGUCUCCCGGUUGGGACACCAAGCUUCCAAAGAACAUCAACGACAGCGACAUGUCGCUCAUAUCUACAGAAGUCAAGCCCCAGGCUGGCCCUACGGAGAUGGUCUUCAGUUUGGUGGUUUCCCAGGUAGCCAACUUCAUCGAAGAUGAUUCUUUGGGCGGCUUGGAACUUGCCCUCCGAGGGCAGGGGGCUGAGCCUGGCACUACGGAGUAUGAAGUGUCUGUAGCUGGUCUUCAGAAGUUCCACAACGACUUUGAAUGCCUUGAAGCAAGACUCCUCUGCAUCGAGAAGCAGUACUGCGACCCUUCCGCUGGGCCCAUACAUCUAGCUGCCUCGUGUGUGCGUCAUUCCAUAAUGGACAAGGUCCGACGUAUAGCUCUUCCAAUGCGCGAGACGCCAGAGUGGGGGACGGAUGUCUGCAACGUCCAGGACAACAUCUUGCGCAUAUGGCUCACCCACCACGAAUCCAUCAUGAAACAGAUUCAUGGUUGCGUCGACUUCGCUUGGUAUUACAAGAGUCAUUUCCAUAUUGACUCGUUGCUUUUCUUGCUCGGCCAGCUCUUCAAACGGCGCCCAGUCGGCCCCUUUGCCGAACAUGCGUGGCGCCUCAUCGACCUCUCCUAUCAGCACCACGAAGGGCUCUGGGACGUGUCCCACAGCCGACACGUCGACAUAAGUUCUUUCGUCCUCGGCCUGUGGCACUCCCGUGAGAGAGAUCUGUCUGAGACGAACGCGUCUAUCGAGGUUCCUCUUUGCGUCGCUAAUCUGCGAAUUCUUCUAUCGGCACCAGAUGUCGAGCAGACCAUUCCAGACUGGACAUCUCAAGAGGACAACGGCCACAAUGUUCUUGAAGAUCCCUGUUUCAACACAAUGCAUGCACCAUGUGCAAGUUACACAGAAAACUUCGAGCAGGAAUGGCCCAUGACAUCUGAUCUCGAUUUCUUCCUUGGUCAUUGCGGAAAGUUUUCGUGUCUCAUACCCGCUGUCAGCAUCUCCGGCGGACAGCAUUCUCGACGACCUGCACACAAAUUCGUAAUUCGAGGAGCAACGCUGAGUGCCUGCACUCGAGCAUCCCAACGUGAAUCCGAACAGCCUCGCGUGAAUUAA